GCCGCGCCGUGCGGGCCGGGCAUGGUGUUGGGCCCCGGACCGCCUCGCCGGUCUCGGGGUGCCCAGGACAGAGGCAACAGGGAUGCUCACUCUGGCAAGCAAGUUGAAGCGGGAUGACGGUCUCAAAGGGUCCCGCUCAGCAGCUACAGCGUCAGACUCCACCCGGAGGGUGUCCGUGCGAGACAAGCUGCUCGUCAAAGAGGUUGCAGAACUUGAAGCGAAUUUACCCUGUACCUGUACAGUGCAUUUUCCCGAUCCCAACACACUCCACCGCUUCCAGCUGACUGUGUCCCCAGAUGAGGGUUACUACCAGGGUGGAAAGUUUCAGUUUGAAACUGAAGUUCCUGACGCAUACAACAUGGUGCCCCCCAAAGUGAAGUGCUUGACCCGAAUCUGGCACCCCAACAUCACAGAGACGGGAGACAUCUGUCUGAGUUUACUGCGAGAACAUUCUAUUGACGGCACUGGCUGGGCUCCCACCAGGACGCUGAAGGAUGUUGUUUGGGGAUUAAACUCUUUAUUUACUGAUCUUUUGAAUUUCGAUGACCCAUUGAAUAUUGAAGCAGCAGAACAUCAUUUGCGGGACAAGGAGGACUUCCGGAAUAAAGUGGAAGACUACAUUAAGCGUUACGCCAGAUGA